AUGUUGGCUUUGUGGGUGAAGUCCUCUGGACAUGGAGGCUGCCAGCUGGUAGACCAGCUGCUCCUGGGAAUCAGCUCCCACAGUCAGCCCUUCUUAGAGGUGAUUAAAUGCAAAGCUGCUGUGCUGUGGGGCCUGAAGCAACCCUUAUCUAUUGAGGAAGUGGAAGUUGCCCCACCCAAAGCCUUUGAAGUUCGAAUUAAGAUUUUGGCCACAGGAAUCUGCCAGUCAGAUAACCAUGUAAUCACUGGAUGCCUACCUGUCACUUUUCCAAUAAUUAUAGGACAUGAAGCAACUGGGAUUGUAGAGAGUAUUGGAGAAGGGGUAACUACAGUGAAACCAGGAGAUAUGGUCAUCCCACUGUGCAACUCAAGGUGUGGAAAGUGCUCUUCCUGCAUACAUCCAAGAGCCAAUUCCUGUAUGAAAUAUAAAUUUUCAGAUCUACUAGUAAUGUCUGAUGGCACCACCAGAUUUACCUGCAGAGGAAAACCCAUCUACCACUUUUUGAAAAGUGGUACUUUCACUGAGUACACAGUGGCAGAAGAAAUUUCGGUAGCUAAAAUCGAUGCUGCUGCUCCUCCUGAGAAGGUGUGCUUAAUUGGCUGUGGAUUCUCCACUGGUUAUGGGGCUGCCAUCAACAUUGCUAAGGUCACCCCUGGAUCUACUUGUGCUGUCUUUGGGCUGGGAGGAGUUGGCCUCUCAGUUAUUAUGGGAUGUAAAGCAGCUGGUGCUUCCCGGAUCAUUGCAAUUGACAUCAACCCACGCAAAUUUGAGAAGGCCAAGGCAGUAGGAGCCACUGAGUGCAUCAACCCUAAGGACUACACCAAGCCCAUCAGUGAAGUGCUGAAGGAGAUGACUGGCAAUUCUGUGGAGUACACCUUUGAGGCCAUUGGAAACUUUGAAACUAUGAUUGAUGCCCUGGCUUCCUGCCAUGAAAGCUAUGGCACCAGUGUGACUAUAGGAAUUUCUUUACAUUCUAAAAUGCUCACCUAUGAUCCCAUGCUCCUCUUCACUGGACGCACCUGGAAAGGAUGUGUUUUGGGAGGUUGGAAAGGAAAAGAGGACUUCCCAAAAUUAGUCUCUAAUUUCAUGGCAAAGAAAUUUGACUUGGACCAGUUAAUAACCCAUGUUUUACCUUUUAAUAAAAUCAAUGAAGGAUUUGAUCUGCUCAACAAAGGAGAGAGCAUUCGAACGGUCCUGACUUUUUGAGUCCCUUUGUAAUUGGAAAUACCCAUGGAUACGUGUUAGACUCUUUCUCAGAGAUUUCAUUUUCAUAUACUUAUGAUAGAGCUUGUGUGACUGUCUUCUGUGGGUCAUGCUCCAAAGAGAAACAAAGCACACUGGACCAUACUUUCCAGAAUAACUGAUUAAAGUUAUCAGUACCAUCAUUCAAUUACCUAGGGUAAUAGAAGGUACUAAUGUUGUUGUUGUUUUCGUUUUUAUAAAAUGGGUUACACUGGACAAGACCAUUAGAUAAAUGUCUUAAGCUUUUAUUACUUUUGAUUGAAGUGGAUUCUUAAAGUAUCUUUGUGUCAAAAAUAUUUAGAAGAUUCCAAUCCUCUGCUUCUAGAGAUCUAGGCUAGGCAGUGCAUGGCUUAAGAUGAUUCUACUGUAAUAUCUUAAAAGCAGAUAUUAUCUUUUUUUAUGAAAUACUGAUAAUGAAGCUUGUAUUUAUGUUUAUGCCAUAGAAAACCUAUGCUUGCUUGCUUUUUCCCUUUUGUGUUUGGAAAUGGAUACUUUUAAAACUGCUUAAAAAUAAAUAAAUAAAACA